AUGCUAUCAUCAAAACGCUCAAUCCUUAUCACGGGUUGCUCACGAGGUGGAGUUGGCCAUGCUCUUGCCCUUGAAUUCGCUGCUCGCGGUAUGCGUGUCUUCGCAACCGCUCGCUCUACCGCAACUCUCUCUACUCUAGAAGAUAAGGGAAUUGAGGUAUUCAAACUCGACGUGACGGAUGCAGGAAGCAUUGCAUCGUUGAAAGACGAGAUUGUGAAGCGAACUGGUGGCAAGCUUGAUAUGCUGUUCAACAAUGCUGGCACAAUGUACGAAGUCCCCGCGAUCGAGGCCGACCCUUCUCGCGUACGUCAAAUGUUUGAUGCCAACGUCUUCGGCCUUUUUGAUAUGGUUUCAGCCUUCAGUCCUCUUCUCUUGGCUUCCAUUUCAUCCGGUUCAAACAGACAAACACCCCCGACUAUCAUCAAUACCUCAUCGAUACUUGCACGCCUACCAUUCCCUUUUGCUGCUGCGUAUAACGCGUCGAAAGCAGCCGUGGCUUCGUAUAGCGAUACUCUCCGGAUCGAGCUUGAACCACUUGGCAUUAAGGUUGUUACCAUAUUCAUGGGUGAGGUUGCAACAAAUCUCAUGUCAUCUGACAAUAUCUCCUUUGGUUCUGAUAGCAUAUACCGCGAUGCUCAGGACGCUACUAAAGAAAGGACUCAGAAUCAUAUCAAGAACAGUCUGAAGCCGGAGGCGUUUGCAAACCAAAUCGUCGAACAUGUAUUUUUUAAAAAUUCUGGAUACAAACAGGGCGAGUAUUUGUGGAAAGGCACUAAUGCCGCGUUGGUCCGGCUUUUGAGUAUCAUAGGGUGGAGAAAGAUUUUUGAUGGCACUGUGAAACAGGCGGUCGGGUUUGAUAAAGGUGAACUCCAAAGGUCUAUCUUCGACAAAGGCCAGGCAAAGGCAAAGGCCAAGCAAUAA